GAGUUGCCAUGAUCCCUGUGCCACGGAAGGAUGCUUGGUGAGGAUGAGCCACACACAAACCCAGCUCGCAGUGGCUCUGGCUCGCGUGGCAGCUCAGGGCGUGCGGACGGCAGCGGCGGGAGGGAGCGAGGCAUCAGAUAAGGACGAGGAGGCGGAGACGUGCGCCCUCCACCUCGUUUGGGCGAACCGCUACGAGGUCGAAGUCCGGAGGCUCAGGGCGGAGAUCAAGAGGCAGAGAUCCCUCCUGAAGCUGAUGAACGUCGAGAAGUCGAGUAUGUCCCCGUCGGGCUUCGUGUCCUUGGUCGAGUACGAGCAGCGGAUGCAGGAAGGCUGCGCGUACGACAGCCCCUUCGACGCCGACGGAGUUCGAAGCUCCGAAGCCUCGACGGGGAGAGACGACCCUACUCGAUCGCGGGUGUCCAGUGGGAGCUGCGUCGAGGACCUUCACGGCAGUUUCCCCUCCAUGGACAGCGGGGUGUUCCUGCCCUUCGACGCCGGCGAGGAGCAGGGCGAGGCCUCCCCCUCCUCCCUUCUGGGGCAGCUGGAGGACCUGAUGAGCCACCCGCAGGAGGAGCUGACGGAGAGCGUGGAGGAUGACCUGCUUCAGGAAUGUCUUUAUUCCAGCAGUGAGAGUCUCGUCGAUAGUGGCAAGACGGCGUCUUCCUGCCACUCAGUGAGUUCCUCGGACGAGUGUGAAGUGACGUGCAAAAUCGCGACAGGGAGUUGCAGUGAGUUGUGUGCAAGUGACUCGCCAACAAGUCGCCAGGGUAGUUCGUUAGAGAGUUUAGACAAAGAAAUUCAGUGCAGAAAGAGGUGUGGUGAAAAUGAGUCCCAAAGUACUUCUGUGAAGGAAAAUUGUUCAAUAAGAUCCUUGCUUGAGGAAAAUUGUUCAGUGAAAUCCUUGCUUGAGGAAAAUUGUUCAGUGAAAUCCUUGCUGGAGGAAAAUUGUUCUGUGAAAUCCGUGCUGGAGGAAAAUCGGCUUAGUGAUACUGGUGAGCAGGGAAAUCCAGAUGAAAAUUUUUCGUCUGUGAACUGGUUGGAGGAAAGUGACGGAGCCAAAUCAAGUGACGAUACCUCCGGCAAAUCCAUUGUGAUAGAAAGUGAAUUUGGAUGGUCCCUUGUCGAGGAAGACCAUCCCGAAGGACCUUGUUCCAAAGAAACGGGUGGAAAUUAUCCUGCUGAACUUCAGAGAUCUUUCUCAGAGGAAGAUCAUCUCGAAACGUCCAACGAAGAAGAAAACGAAUGCGAUAGUUCCUUUGCAGAAUCGAUUAGCCUUGAGGGAAAUCAGUCUGCAGAGCCAACUAGUGAGGAAAAUCGAGUCGCAUUGCCCGACACUGAUGACAACCAAGAACGGGAGAAGAAACACAAAGCGGAGUCUAGCGCCGCUGAAACCCUAUCUGCAAGUCAGCAUAGGAAGCCUAGUGCUGAGGCCAAUCAGCACGACGGCGCGAGAGAGGAGGAAUCCGCGGAAAAGGGCGGGACACCGGACGACCCCGACGGGCAGAUCUCCCGCCUGGAACGCCGCGCUCGAAACGUCCGAGACGGGGUGACCGGCAUCACCCGCCUCUCGGUCGAAAGUAUGGUUGAUUUCGUCAGCUUGGACAACCAGGUUUCGAGUCUCCUGAGGUCUGUGAGGGACACGUUCCGCCAGAGCAAGAUAGUCGUUGCCCUGGAGAGUCUCUGCAACAUCCUGGAGCAACGGCUGGAGGAGGAAUGGUGGGCGGCGUACGACCUGCAUCUCGCGCCCUCCGAAAGAAACUAUAUUGUGUGAAUCCCGGUAAGGCGCUGCCGCCUGAUGGAAAGGAAAUACCAAAGACAUUUUCGAAGUGAGUAUGAAAGUUCUAUGUGAAUAGGUAAGAAAGAGAAAAUAAAGAAAGGUAUAUGAUAUAUAGAUAGGAAAAAAAGAAGAAAAAAAGAUUUGAAAAAAAAUAUGUGAAUAGAUUUUAAAAAAAUGAAUGAAAGAAAGUUAUAUGUGAAUAGAUAAGAAAACUGAAACGCAGCUUUAAGGAAGAAAUCAAACCCCGAGUUAAAACCAAUGCAUUUCCCUACACCUGCGUUCUACUUCACUUGGAUCGAAGGUUAAAUAAGGCCCAGUAUAUGACAUUUCUGUUUACCUCUAUUUGUUGUGUUGUUAGAGAUUUUUAUUAGACCAGCAGGCAUUUUUUUUUUUUCUCUGGUCCAAAAUGGUGCUGAUAGAGCUGGCUUUAUUUGCACCUUCACGUGUCAUAAGCUCUUGUUCCUCUAAGGAGAAUAUGUGUCUUUAUAUUUGAUUCCCUUUUUUUCUAAAUGUGAAUAAAGUAUUUUAUAUGA